AUGGUGCAAAUCGAGACCAGUUCAUCGAUGUCGACGUCGGCCCUUGAGCAUAAUGCUGUCCCGAAGGAGAUUUGCGAGACGGUGGGUUUGGCGAAGGCGAUGAACUCAUCCGUUAAAGGGGAAUCCGAGGUUUUAAACGGGGAAUGCGGCGACCGUCCUUGCGAGGGAAUUGAGAUGCCGUGGAGAUCAUCGUCAAGAUCUCUGGCUCGGGAUGGUCGAUCGGGGAUGACCGAAGAUAUAGUCAUCGCUUUGCGGGAGAGGGUGGGAAUCAGUGACGCGGUCAAGAUUCUCGUUCCCUUACCUGACCAAAGGCCGAUGGAUGCUCCACCUGGAUGGUUUUGCCUCUACGAAUGCUUCCUCACGGAGUUUGGAAUACGUUUUCCGGUCCUCCCGUUACUUCUCGAGUAUGCGUAUGAGCGGGGUGUAGCGUUGAGUCAGCUGACCCAUGGUGUAGUGCGGCAUAUGAUCUUCUCGACCGCUCUGGCGAAGGCAGCCGGGAUGAAGCUAGACAGGGAGCUCUUUGAGCGUAUAACGAUCUUCGUGCUGGGGUUAAGGAAGGAGAUCGACCGUGCUUCGGUCGGGGAUUUCGAUCCUAGUCACGUCUUAACAAGAUGGGUCCAGGAGCCGGGAAGGAUUGUCCCAAGGAAAGUAAAUACUACUUUAAAGGAGAAGUUUAGAACUUUACGCGACUUGAGUAGAGAGACUUGGGCGGAUGCGUUUGCCGAGACCGAAAGGAAGAAGAAGGAAAAGAAAGGAAAGGCUAUUGCUAUAGCGAUUCCUCUCCCUGAUAAGUUGCCGGGUGUUGCUAGGAAGACAGGCUUAAGGAAAAGGGCUCCGGCUUUGGUGGAUGAUGAUAUCCUGAUCUCUGAUCCUUUAUCCAAGCGGAUGAGAUCAGAUCCCUGCGAGCUAGGUGAUCUUCCUCAGUCACUGGGGUCUCUUGGGGGCGUCACCAGUGGCGAUUUCUCUUCUCGGACUGUCGCGGCUUCUACUGGUCAGGGCGGGGAUAUGAGUAUCCUGGAGUCUGGAGGUGACGGGGCGACGGAUUUCGUCGGGAUAGACUCCGAUGCCGUCUCCUUUAAGUGGAAAGGUGGUGCUCCUUUAAUGGAUAAUGGGACUUUAGUGGAGAGAUGGUUUGGGGUUGCAAACCUAAGCCAUGCUGGGGGGUUCCGCGUGGUUUCGAGAAGAAAGAGUGCUUUUGAAAAGAAGAUAGAAGCUCUCAAAGGCGAGGUUGCGAAGGUGUCUGGCCUUGAGGUUGAAAAUAAUCAACUUCGGGACAAAAUUACGCAACUGGAGGAUAAAGCCUGCCGGGACGCGGAAAACUCGAUUGCCGAGAUGGCUCGUCUUCGCAAGUCUCGGACGAAGUGGGCUGAGUUGACGGCUGCUCAGGUGUACGAAUCAAUGCAUAAUUGGUAUACUCCGAGGUUGGACCGUAUAGGCAGAUACGUCAGUCAGCGGGAUGCAGUGGAGAAGGCGGUGAUUAGGAUUCAAGUCGACGAGGCUCUUCUUUCCUAUGUCAGGAAAAUAAAGGGGGUCGAGCAGGACUUUGAUGCGGUGGAAAAGAUGCUUGCGGCCCGGUUGCGGGAGAGUAAGGCCGCCGGAGAUUUGGUUGAGGAUGACGAAGUCGAAGCUGAUGACUAUGCUCCGCCCUAA